ACAAGCGUUUUGGAACUGGGAAUGUCAGCGUGCAGAUAAAUUUAACGUCAAAUUCUUAUUAACUUAUUGUUGUCACGUAUUAUGACGGGCAUAACUUUACGAUUCGAGAUUUGCUGACCUGUUGUCUCCAUGGAAGUCGAGUUUUCACAAUGACGCACGACAACCGUUUGCACAGAGACUGGUAUGCCAUACUUGAUGCCAGUCCAUCAGAUUGCGUGCAAGAGCUCAAACAGAAGUACCAGAAAUUGGCGCUGUUGUAUCACCCCGACAAACAGAGCCCUGACACAGCGGCUGGAGAAGUGGAGCAGUGUGUACGGAGGUUCAUCGAAGUUGAUCAGGCAUGGAAGAUCCUGGGCAACGAAGAGACAAAGAGAGAAUAUGACCUCCAGCAGCGCGCUAGGGAACUGAAGCAGAACUGGCCCGUAGAUGCCCACGUGUGCCUGGACGAUAUGACCUGGGAUGAUGGUGAGCAGGUCUACAUGUAUGGCUGCCGGUGUGGCGGGAAGUACGUUGUUGGAAAAGAGGAGGCAGAGGAGGAAGAGGACUUGGUCAUCUGCUGCGAUACCUGCUCCCUCAGUAUAGAGAUUAAAAGGCCUGUCUGAGCACAGUAUUGUAUUAAUGUGAACAUAGAACUGAGAGCUUUAAUAAUCUUUUCACAGUCAUAAUGUGAGUGAAUCAUGACAUGUAUCAGUACUUACAUCUGGGGGGGUUUAAAACAUAAAA